AUGGAGUCACAGCUGAACGAGCUUAUCGACUUUUUGAAGAGCCCGCGGUCUGACGUCCGCCAGAUGGCCGCCAGCUACAUCGUUGGCUUCUCAAAGCCCGGCUCGGAGUACUUUGCCCUUCUCAAGGCCAACGCCGAAAGACUCGUGCGCCCGCUCUUGAUAAUCUGCCAUGAGACGCCUAUCGCCGCCAACAGUGCAAUGAGCACGCUGGUCAACCUGACUACCGACACUACAGUGUGCCGUCUGCUGGCCGACGAGGACUCCCUAUCAAUGAUUGUCACGCUGAUUACCGUUCCCUCAAGCAUGAUCGCCGACACUACGUGCAUGCUGCUGUCGAACCUGACCAAACUAGAUUCAAUUUGCCGCCUGCUGGACACUUUGAGUGUGAGCGAGGUGCCCGGCAUCUGCAACUCGCCAAAGGCCAUGGACCAACUCACCGAUGUGUUUGUCAAGGGUAUGGAUAAGCAGUACAACAGAAACGCGCAGUUCUCAUUUUUGGCCAGCGUCUUUGCCGACAUGACCAACUUUCCGUUUGGCCGUCGGUAUUUCCUUGAGCGCACGGCCUACGAUGGCAAGCUGCCCAUCACCAAAAUCAUGGUGUUCAGCGAGUACCCCGACAUCAUCCGCCGUGGCGGAGUGGACUCGACAAUGAAGAACGUGUGCUUUGAGAAGGACAUGCAUGGCAUCAUCUUGGAUCCCAAGGAAACCAACAUGUUGCCAUACAUCCUGCUGCCCCUGUGUGGUCCCGAGGAAUAUGAUAUGGACGAAAUGGAGAAUUUGCCCGAGGAGUGCCAGCUUUUGGGAGAGGAUAAGAAGAGGGAGACUGAUAAUAAGCUGCGCGCCUGCUUGUUGGAAGCUGUCAAUCUGCUGUGCACCACGCAUGCUGGUCGCGAGACCCUGCGCGCCAAGCAGGUCUAUCCCAUUCUGCGGGAAAUGCACAAGGUCGAGGCUGACGAGACAUGCUAUGAGCUCAAUGAGCGCGCUGUCCAGCUGCUGAUGCGCGAUGAGAGCAGGGAUACUAUUAUCGAUACUGUCGUUGAGGAUGUUGCUGGUGCUAAUGAGUUUGAAGAGAUUUAG